AGACCCAAAUCAGGGUCUGUUCAUAAAUUACAGGGAGGCAAUGGUAUGGCCAAGUAAAAAAGAAAAAAAGCUAUAUCCAGUGAAUAUACCAUUAAACAACGCAAUUUGAACCAAGCAUGUGAACAUUUAACAUGACUGACGAACUGAGCUCCACGGAAUGUGAGGGACAUAUUCAGAUUGUAAUAAAAAAAAGAUGAAGAACAUAUGAAAGUUAAUCACCGUCAAAUCUCUUUCUCUAAACUGUCAAAUCAAUUAAGGGGAGCUUAUCCAAAGAGGAAUAAGAAAUUACAAAGUACAUAAACUGACAAAUUAUGGAGAAACAUACCAUGAGCCCACCAAAAACGCCAUCAACUAAAAUUCGGGUCCAAGAGUCAAAAUUUGGUAAACUCGUUUAACCUGAAGCAGUAUGCUGAAUGGGGGAUUCUGAACCACCACCAGCAUGUUGACUUGGGACUCCACCGGCGGCAGCAGUAGCAAGUUGGUUUGGAACUCCACCAGCGGCAGCAGUAGCAAGUUGGAUUGGAACUCCACCGGCGGCAGCAUGUUCAUCAUGGUCUUCAGCAUCAAUAUAUUCGGGUUUUUGACAUUUUUGUGUCUCAUAGACACAAAAAUUCUAAUUUUGUGCCUUCCACCCAGCCCGCUAUCUGAUAUAGCGGGCUGCACAUCAGCCCGCCAUCUCAUAUGGCGGGCUGGUGUGUGAUUCCCUUUGACUGACCAGCUGCUCGGUCAAACGAUUCCAUGCUGUUGCAGGGAAUCACGUGGACAAAGCAACCCGCUAUAUGAGAUAGCGGGCUGCUUUGUAAUAAAUAGGUGAGUGCUGAAGCACUCACCUAUUCAAAUACAGAGAUAGCAAAAUUGUUAGAAGAGAAAAAAAAAUUAUUAGAAGACAGGAAAAAUUGUUAGAAGAGAAAAAAAAAUUAGAAUUGUAAUUAAAUUUUAGUGGUUAUCUCGUUAAAAAAAAAUAGUGAAUUUUAGUAGAGUUUGACAGAGUGAUUUUUCCGGAAUUAAGCGACGGAGUUUAUUUUGUGGAGCUUAUCAGAUAUUUUUCUAAAGCUACAUAUUAUUUUUCGGUAUGCUAUUUUACGAGGUCUACAAGAGCAAUGACGACAAUCGAUUUGUCGUUUGUGAUACGGUUUGACGGUAGAAUUGUAAACUCUCCCCGUGGAGUAGAAUAUUUUGGGGGUAGUUAUGUGCAAGUGCCGUUGACUGGAAGAAUAAAUAUUCAACAGUUGAUUGAUAUUUGUGGAUCGGCAAUAUCCAGUGUUGUGGGCCCGGUGGAGAUCAGCAAGAUAUAUUUUCGGGUACCUUAUGUUCAAAGGGAACAAUUAUAUUCCUAUUCGUUGCUGGAUGUCAAGGGCGACCCACAUGUAUGUGCUAUUCUGACCGAGGCAGGUCGCAUGCCAGCACUAAGAUUUUUAGAGUUGUACGUGGAGUACCGCAAGGCAAUUGUUGAAGAUAUUUCUAUUGAUCAACUGCAUAAAUCUGCUUCUAGUGAGUCGGAGAGGGACAGUGAGGAAGAAGGAGAACACGAUCACUACGAGACCGAAGAGGAGAAUAUGGAAGACAUACUCACUGCUGCUGAACAUUGUAAUGUAGAAGAAAAUACAGUGUACCAGUCCCCACUGCCGGCACAUGUUAGACGUGUAGAUCUCGAAGACUUCGACGUUGACUUGGACUCAUGGGAAAAGCCGAAAGUUGAGUGGGAGAGGGGGAUGGAGUUUGAAAAAGGGAUGACUUUCUCGAGCCGAGAUGCUGUUCGGGCUUGUGCUGUUACCUAUUCGGUGGACAAUGGAAGAGAGUUCAAGAGUUGUCGGACGACGCACACGACAAUAGUUCUCGUUUGCAAGCACAAAGAGAUAUGCCCAUCGUGGCUGCGUGCCACACUUCUUCAGAAAACCAACACAUGGACGUUGACAAAAUAUAUCGGGCCACACAUAUGCGAUAUGCAAGUGUCAGUUCGUCACCACCGGAAUUUUGGGAUUGCUCAGAUCGCCAAUUAUAUUAAGACGCAAGUGCUAGGUCAACGUGACAUACGGAUCAAGACGUUGAUUGCGGGACUACUUGAAUUUACUGGAGUAGCUCUUCCGUAUAAAAGGGUGUGGUACGGCAAAGAGAGGGCAAUCUGCAGCGUUUAUGGGGACUGGGAAUACAAUUACAGUCAACUGACAAAGUUCAUGGAUAAUAUGGUGAAAGUGAAUCCUGGAUCCUUCUGGCAUGGCGAAGUUAUGAAAUCUAUUAGUAUUGUGGAUUUCAAUGUGCGUACAUUAAGUGGAUUUAAUUCUAGCAAUAUCCAUUUCCAACAGGCCCAAUAUCUGAGUGUGGCGGGCUUCAAUGUAGAAUUUUCCAACGGAUAUUCUGGACGUUCUUUCCGAUGGUGGACGGAUUUCCGUUUUGCAAGCCAAUUCUAUUCAUCGACGGCACCCACUUAUACGGCAAAUAUAAGAUGCACAUGUUGAUAGCUUCGGCGAUAGAUGGCAACAACCAUAUAAUGCCGGUGGCUUUUGCGCUCGUGGAAUCAGAAUCCAUUGCCAGUUUUGAAUAUUUCCUGGGUCAUCUCCGAGAUCAAGUCUUACGCAGUCGCAAGGUUGCCAUUGUUUCUGAUCGCGCUCCCGGAUUAAUUUCCGUUUUGAAACGUCCGGAGUGGGACGACGUCGAUCACUUUUUCUGCAUAAGACAUUUAAUGGCCAAUUUCCACUCUUUAAUCGGAAAUAGGGACUUGAAGGAUUUGGUUGAGAAAGCGGGUCGGGCCUUUCAAGAGAAGAAGUACGACGCAUGCAUUGAGAGCAUGAGGAUAAGAUCGGCGGAAGGGCAUGCAUACUUGACCAACACAGAACAUUUGAGACCCGAGCAGUGGACUAUGUGUCAUGACAAAAAGGGGCAACGAAACGGGGUUAUGACAACGAACUACGCCGAGUCCGUUAAUGCGAUGCUGAAGAAUAUAAGGGGCCUUCCUAUCACAGCAAUGAUAGAGGCUAUCUUUGACAAGCUCAGUGAUACGUUUGUCCGGCGUUGGGACAUCUAUAAAGACCUAAUCGCCAAAGGCGUCAUGUUUACUCUGAUCUGCAUCGCGCACAUCAAAAAGGAAACGCUAAAGGCCCGCUACCAUAGUUGCAAGAAAUAUAACUCGGACAUCAUGACUUGCAGGGUGACCACCAGGAAGGACAAUCAGCGGAAUAAGGGAGGAAAUAUUCAGAAGGUCAACCUUAAAAAAAGGAGGUGCUCGUGCGGUAAGUUUCAACACCGUAAAUUGCCCUGCUCCCAUGCCAUGGCAGUCAUUCACGAUCAGAAGUUGAACCCCCACGACUUCAUCGGGUGGCGCUAUAGAACCGAGAAUGCCAUUCAAGUCUGGAAUACUCCGUUUAAACAGUUACCUGACUGCAAGAAGUGGAUUGCUUCUCGGGAGAUACCCUUCAUCCCAGAUGUUAACAGGAUAAGAACGAAGGGGCGACCGGUAAACAGACGGAUCAGGAAUGACAUGGACCAGACCUAUAGGGAGGACAGCAUCCCUAACUUCUGUAGUAGAUGUAGUAUUGCCGGUCACACUGCUCAAACUUGUACCAAUUACAGAGAUAUGUGAUAUGUAAUUUUCAAUUUUCUUGUACCAGACUGAUGUUAUUUUAAUUUUGGAAAAAUUGAUGUUAUUUUAAUUAAUAUUAAAUGAUGUUAUUUUAAUUAUUGGAGCGUGUUUUUUAAUAUUCAGGUAUGAGUUCUGCAAGACGUCGAAAUCCAUCAACAAUUCAAAUUGUCCAAAAAUAUGAGGAUAUAUAUUGUGAAGUUUGGUAUGAAAAAAAAAGACCAUUUGAAAACACCCCAAUCCGUCCUUGCAUGGAAAAGACACAAGCCGGGCAUAUAUUUGUCGGUCGGCACUCAAAAAACUUGGCUGAUUUUGGAAAUGCCGUUGUGUCUCCUGAGCCCGAAUGGGGGAGGUUGUGGGAAGUGAGAUGCGAGAUGGAGGCGUACUGUGAUUUUCACGGCAUACCUGUACCAAGAGCGAUGUCCGCAACAAUUGCAAGAAACACGGAAUCGUCGGUACAAUUUCUGAUGGAACGUCUGGAGAUUGAAACUCAUGUGAUGGGUCUACGACUAAGGGCAAUUCACCAAGAUACUCCUGAUUGGUGCGACUUUUUUGUUGACGAAAGAAACCCUACGUCAUGGAAUAUUAUGGAGUUGCAGGAUUACGACCAAGCCGAUUCCGAUGAUUUUGUGAAAUAUCUCCCGUGGACUUUGCCAAGAUGAUGUGGCCAAUGUUUUAAUUACGUUAUUUAAAUCAAACUUUUUAUGUAAUUUAUAAAUGGUUUUAUAAUUUCUGAACUCCCAUAUAAUUUGUAAACUCGUAUAUUAUUUAUAUUGUAUUUCGAUGUUGUUAA